ACGUCUUCAUUAUAAUCAUUAUCAAUCCCCCCAACUAUUACCGCAGCCACUCCCCUCAUGGCUUCUGAAACACCCAUAGCUCAAGCCUUCCAUGGCACCUUCAUUCACACACUCAGCUCUAAGCACCUUGAGAUCCUUACUGAGACUUUCAUCCUCCUCUCACCCACUGGCACCAUCCAAGCCAUCCACCCAUCCACCCCCACAACUUCCAUUUCAGAUCUCCUUGUAGAAUACCACUACUCUGAAUCUACUUGCACAGUGACCAUUUUGCAGCCUACCGAAUUCUUCAUCCCCGGCUUCAUCGACACGCACACUCAUGCGCCCCAAUGGGCCCAGCGCGGCACAGGGCGGGGCAUCGAUCUACUUACCUGGCUGGAGACCAUUACCUUCCGCCACGAAGCCAAACUCGUCGAUCUGGAGUACGCCAAGUCGCUUUAUGCGUCCUGUGUCCGUGGCGGACUCAAACAAGGAAUGACGACCGCCUGCUACUACGGUUCCCGUCAUGCACCGGCAUCAGUCAUCCUCGCCGAAACCUGCCUCAGCCUAGGCCAGCGUGCGCUGAUCGGAAAGUGCAAUAUGACUCGUCAUGCCCCGGACUGGUACCGGGACGCGUCGGUGGAAGAAUCCCUCCGCGAAACGGAAAAUUUUAUUGCUCAAGUUCGGAAACUUGAUCCCACACAUGGACUAGUGACACCGGUGAUUACACCGCGGUUCGCAAUAUGCUGCGAGGAAGAACUCCUGGCUGGGCUUGGGGCUGUCGCAGACCGAAAUCGUGACUUGCCUGUCCAGACACAUUUCAACGAGUCGCGGGGUGAGGUAGACUUUACCAGGUCCCUGUUCCCCAAUGAUAAGAGUGAAACGGAGCUCUAUGAGCGGCUUGGGCUCCUGAAUGAUCGGAGCAUCCUUGCUCACUCGAUAUAUCUCUCCGAUGUAGAGAUCGAACGUAUGGCGGAGCUGCAGUGUGGGAUCGCUCACUGCCCUAUUCCCAAUGUUACGAUGGAUGAGUUCAUGGUUGCCCCCGUGCGAGAGUAUCUUCGUCGGGAUAUUAAAGUCGGUUUAGGUACGGACUGUGGAGGAGGCUAUUCAAGCUCCAUGCUCGACGUGAUGAAGGCUGCCUUUGUGGUGUCGACGGCACGGUGUACAAUGACGCAGGGACAGGACCAGCCUCUGAGUCUCACGGAGGGGUUCUACAUGGCUACUCUGGGCGGAGCGCGGGUAUGCGGACUGCAAGAGAAGGUGGGGAACUUCCUGGUAGGCAAGGAGUUUGAUGCGCUGCUUGUUCGGACGCAGGAGGAGGGCGUAAUGGCGCCAGUGCAGGAGGAAGACGGAGUGCCGACGGUGUUUGAGAAGUUCUUGAUGACGGGAGAUGACCGCAAUAUUGGACGUGUGUUUGUCAAGGGACGGGAGGUGCAUACUGCGCGUUGAAAU